CAGCUUCUCAUCUCCUUCUUCAUUCUCUUCCGAUUCCAAAAUUAUUUAAAAUAAUAGAAAAAAAUGAAGCCAACUAUGGAAAAUAUAAGACUCAUUAUUUUCUCUAUGAUUCUUCUUGCAUGCCUAACAUCAAAUAGUAACGCCCUGAAAAGGCAAAGCGAAGCUCUUUUCCGUUUAAACAAAAACAAGUUCAAAACUAAUACACACAUCGACAGAAUGCCUUUCAGCCCUAUUGCCGAUUUCCCAGAAGAAGGAAUUCUAUCACAGCAAGGGUCAAAAAAGAAGGACUUAAUAAGACAUUUGCCCGGGCAACCAGAAAACGUUCCCUUCAACCAGUAUGGUGGAUAUGUCACUGUAGACGUUGCUGCCGGACGAUCUCUCUUUUACUACUUUGUUGAGGCUGAUAUGAAAAUAUCGAGCCAAUUGCCGCUUGUUCUCUGGCUCAAUGGAGGACCUGGUUGUUCUUCUCUUGGUUUAGGAGCAAUGGAGGAAUUGGGUCCAUUUCGGGUUCACAGUGACGGGAAAACACUCUAUGAAAAUGAAUAUGCAUGGAACCGUGCUGCAAAUGUGUUGUUUUUGGAGACACCUGCUGGAGUUGGGUUCUCUUACUCAAAAAACAAGAGUGAUUUAGAGAGUAGUGGUGACAAAGAAACGGCUAUUGAUAAUUAUGUGUUUUUGGUAAACUGGUUGGAGAGAUUUCCAGAAUACAAGGACAGGGACUUUUAUUUAGCUGGGGAAAGUUACGCUGGGCAUUAUGUGCCCCAGUUGGCUCAGACCAUUCUCUACCACAACCAAAAGGCCAAAAAAACUAUUAUCAAUAUGAAAGGGAUAAUUAUUGGGAAUGCUGCGAUCAACGUGGAGGAUGAUCACAUAGGGAUGUUUGAAUAUUGGCAAACUCAUGCUUUGAUUUCUAAUGAAACAUUGAAUCAAAUUUUGAAAUAUUGUGAAUUUUCUCUCAACGUUUCGGAUAAAUGCAUCAAAAUUUUGCAUCGAGUUUAUCAUUUAUUUGAUGAAAUUGAUGUUUAUAAUAUCUAUGCACCAUUAUGUCUCAAUCCAAACCUCACCAAAACGCCCAAGGAGGCUUCAGUACUUAAUUUUGACCCCUGCAGUGACAAUUAUGUAUAUGCAUACCUCAACAGACCUGAGGUUCAAAAGGCACUUCACGCCAAUGGC